CAGCACCAGCACCAGCACCGAUCAUUAAUAUCAAUUAAAUCUAUCGUUUCUAAUUAACUGCGGAAAAAUGAAAAUUCCCCUCCAAUUCCACCAUAGAUCUUUGAUUACUCUUGCAUCUCGCACUGUUAAGACAGCGCGCAGAAAUGGUCUCCCGCGAAGCGGCGUCGUUUCUGCUUCCACCAGGCCGGUCGCUACUCUGAGUCUGAACAGGAGCGCGACCUCAUCCAGGUCCGGGCAUUCUUAUACCGAAAAUAGACACGGCUAUGGACGAGGACGACAUGGAUACCAAUAUCUAUUUCUGCAAGUACGACACCAAAGCAGCAGCGGCAAGGGAUCGGAAUCGGAAUUGCCUACGCUGAAACAGUGGAAAUUCGAGGAUAUAACAUCCUCCCUCCCCAGCACCUCCCCAACAUCCCCAUCCCACAAACCCCAAAUCCAAACCCCCGUCCUAAUCGAUGUCCGCGAACCCGCCGAACUCUCCUCAACAGGUAUCAUCCCCGGAGCCGUCUCAGUCCCGCUCGGAUCCCAGCCCGACGCGCUCUUCCUAUCGCCCGAGGAAUUCGAGACGAGAUUCGGGUUCCCCAAGCCCGGUGUCGAGCCUGUUCUAGGUGCGGAUAAGGCACAGGAACAGCCGAUUGUGUUCUAUUGCAAGGCCGGCGUGAGGGCUAAGACUGCCGCGCAGCUGGCCGCGCAGGCUGGAUAUGAUCCUGCGAGGCUUGGGGUUUAUGAGGGAAGUUGGUUGGAUUGGGCGGCUAAGGGGGGUCCGGUGGAGAAAUGGGAGGGUGAGCACUGAGUUGAAUAGAUUGGGCAUUAUGAGGAUUGAUACUUAGAUGCCAGUCGUGUCUGUUUCUGUCUGUCGUGGUGUGAAAUAUCUUUGCUGCAUGGCCUGUGUAUUGUCGCAGCUUUAAGAUGAGGCCUCCAUCAGAUUAACUUCUCGGGAAUGAUGAUAUUGCAAUUGUCCAAAUGUAGAUUUACUGAAGGAACACUGCUA